AUGGCGGCCCCCCAACCGGUCGCGUCUCCUAGGCGCAGUCGAGGUUUCAGUCUGAGGUCGGAGAACUCCCAUAAUUCCAACAACUCUGGCAAGAAUAAAACCCAUCAUCGCACCGAAUCCGCCGAGGAGAAGGCAAAACGCAAUCUACAUACCAAAGCCGACCCGAUGGUUGCUAUGAGCGAAGCGCAACCCAUGACGGUUGCUCUGGAGAAAUCGAAUCUGGGCUCGUUGAGGGACAUGGAGCACAAGGAUCAAUACGGGAAUGCAAUAACCGAACCCGAUCUUUCCAAUCCAACCCGUCCUCGUUUUGAGCGCCCGUUGGACACCAUUCGGUCCUUUGAGGCCGCAAUAUAUGGCACCUACAGUAGUCGACCAGUUUCGUACGCGAAAACAGACUAUGAGCCGACUCCCGGACCUGAUUAUACCAGUAGACGCAGCAGCUAUUUUGGAGCACCCAAUGGACAUCUGAAUCGGGGCUAUAGCGAACAAGGCGCAUACCAUAAUGGCCGAGGGACGUAUUCGCGACCGGACAGUUUCGUCGAUAAUUAUGGCGACGGGCCCCCUCCGGAGAACCAUUAUCCCUAUAAUCAGGGUGGCAGAAGACCGCGACGCCAUCCUCGCAUGAAGUCCGAGCACGCAAUGUACGGGCAAAAUUACGGUCAGAAUGGUUAUGCUCCGAACGGGCACUCGCAGAACGGCUACCACAAAUCCUAUGAGAAUGUAACGGCGGCGUCAGGCUCAGGCAGCAACACCGACCAAUGGGGCAAUUCGACUGAUCCCAGUUCCGUGAACAGUUCUAUCGACCAGCUCCAGCAACAACAGCAGAUCCAACGGAUGGAAGAGAGAGCGAUGGCAGAGAACUACGGAUUCCAGGGAUUUGGCCCAGGGCCCAACCUGGAGGGUCAGGCAAUGUCCGGGGCGGCUGGGCCGGCGCCCGGAAGGAUCAACCUGAGCAAAGAUUCCCCGGCCACCGAUCCGACAGCUGGCGGCCCCGUGGGCGGGCCUGUUGGUGGACCAUCAGCUGCGACUGCCGCACCCACUCGUCGCCAUUUGCGCAAAGCGACCAAUGCUUCGGACGUCAGCGAUACAAACACAAAACGCAAGAGCUGGUUCAAGCGACGCUUUAGCAAGAACAAUUAG